CUGCUGCUGCUGCUGGCGCUGCUGCCGUGCGGGCUGGCGCGCCCCGAGGCGCUGCAGCUCCAGCCCGAGGUGAUGCACCCCCAGGUGGUGGUCAACACCCAGCACGGCGGCAACCGCGGCGCCGCCGCCGCCGGCCCGGACCUGGACAGCGGCCCGAACCCGGGCGGCGCGCCGGUGCCUGCCAAGCCCGGCGACCCAGCGGCGGCCACGACGGAGGCCCCGGCCACCGGCACCACCACCAGACCACCCAUCCGACGCUACACCAUCGCCUCCGUCGAGUUUGAACGCGUCGAGACCCCCUUCCUCAUCGGGCUGUGGAUCUUCUGCGCCAGCCUCGCCAAGAUAGGCUUCCACAUGGCGCCGUCGCUGAGCAAGAUGUUCCCGGAGUCGUGCCUGCUGAUCGCCGUGGGCGUGGCCAUCGGCAUCCUGCUCUUCCUCACCGACAAGCUGCACGUGUCGCCCCUCACGCCCGACACCUUCUUCCUCUACAUGCUGCCGCCCAUCAUCCUGGACGCGGGCUACUUCAUGCCCAACCGGCUCUUCUUCGACCACCUCGGCACCAUCCUGUGGUACGCCGUCGUGGGCACCAUCUUCAACACCCUCACCAUCGGUGCCUCGCUGUGGGCCGUGGGCCAGACGGGGCUCUUCGGCUGCGACACGCCACUGCUGGACAUGUUCCUCUUCUCGGCGCUCAUCUCGGCCGUGGACCCCGUCGCCGUGCUCGCCGUCUUCGAGGAGAUCCACGUCAACGAGAUCCUCUACAUCGUCGUGUUCGGCGAGUCCCUGCUCAACGACGCCGUCACUGUGGUGCUGUACCACAUGUUCGAGUCGUACACGGAGAUGGGCCCCAGCAACAUCCUGGCGACGGACCUGCUGGCGGGCUUCGCGUCCUUCUUCGUGGUGGCGCUGGGCGGCACGGUCAUCGGCAUCAUCUGGGGCUUCGCCACGGGGCUGGUGACGCGCUUCACGCACCAGGUGCGCGUCAUCGAGCCCAUCUUCAUCUUCGUCAUGGCCUACUUGUGCUACCUCAACGCGGAGAUCUUCCACCUCAGCGGCAUCAUGGCCAUUACGUUCUGCGGCAUCACCAUGAAGAACUACGUGGAGGCCAACAUAUCGCACAAGUCGCACACCACUGUCAAGUACGCCAUGAAGAUGCUGUCGUCCUCCUCGGAGACGGUCAUCUUCAUGUUCCUGGGUGUGGCGACCGUCAACAAGAACCACGACUGGAAUACAUGGUUCGUCAUCCUCACCAUCUUCUUCUGCUCCGUGUUCCGGUCUAUCGGUGUGAUCGUGCUGACGGCCUUGGUGAACCCGUUCCGCCUGUACAAGCUGGACCGCGUCGAGAAGUUCGUCAUGUCGUACGGCGGUCUCCGUGGCGCCGUGGCCUUUGCGUUGGUGCUCCUUAUCAACCCGACGCACGUCAAGCUGCAGCCCAUGUUCGUGACGACCACCAUCGCCGUCAUCUACUUCACCGUCUUCUUCCAGGGCAUCACCAUCAAGCCCUUAGUGAAGAUACUGAACGUGAAGCGGGCGGAGAAGCGGAAGCCCACCAUGAACGAGAGGAUCCACGAGAGGUUUAUGGACCACACCAUGGCGGGCAUCGAGGACAUCCUGGGCCACCACGGCAACCACCACGUGCGGGACAAGUUCAAGAGGUUUGAUAACAAGUUCAUCAGGCCUUACCUCCUGCGGGACUACAAGGGGGCGGAGCCCAAGAUCCUCGAGACGUUCUCGAAGCUAACCAUGAAGGACGCCAUGGAGCUAAUGAAGAGGAACGCCUCCAACGUGGGCAACAUAUCUGGGACUGAAAGCAUGUCUGCGAUAUUUAGAAAUUAUACGUCAAACAAUUUGAACCUGAAUGGCAGCGCCUCCUUCAACCAGGCGGACUCGUCGACGUGGAACAUCGACAUGCAGGAGCUCGAGUACAACCCCUCCAAGAAGGACCUGACCGACGCCAAGAUCCACCACUUGCUGGCCGAGGAGUUGUGCAAGCCGUACCGCCGGCGGGGCUUCAGGGACGAGCUGCACACGUCAGGACGAGAGCACCGCCGCCUGAGCUACAGUCGGCACGCCGUUAACGACCGGGACCUGUCCACUCAAGAAGUCAACUACCGCAUGCACAUGAACCACAUCAGGAGGCUGGUGGGGGACGAGCGCAAGCACCACCACAAGCGCUCCAAGCGCCUGGGCAAGGUGAGCAGCAAGCGCUUGGUUCUAAAGGACGGGAAGCAAAACCACGUCAGCUUCCCUGGCAUCCAACAGAAUGGGUCAGCCAAGCAGUUCUCGCACGACUACAUCGACGAGGUGAUCAUGGAGAACGAGGACGGCGAGGGCGGGGCCGCCGGCAAGGAGGAGUGGGAGGGCGGCAUCACCUUCACCGUGCACCCCUCGCCUUCCGUUUCAGGCUGUGGAAUACCGCUAUGGGCUUCGGGCUCCGUGGGCUCUCCGGGCGGCUCUGCGGCCGGCUCUGGCUCGACCUCGACCGAGUGUGCCUUGCUUACUCACGUAGCCUCUCUCCCCGGGUUGGAACCCCGGAGAGCGCGCCUCGUCCGGCAGUACUCGAAACCCCUUUUGCACGACUAUGACGACGCGCCGGUCGUGGCGGAGGUGUCGUUGCCCUGGCGGCGGGAGAGAGAGGAGGAGCCCCAUUCUGGAAGCGGGCCGAUUAAGAAAAUUUCACAAUCGUCUCAACUGUCGCGAGAUGACGUGAGCGAGAACGGGCGCGUGUCGACGCCCACCGCCACGGAGAGCGUGCUGCCCUGGAAGCGCGACGACGACUCCGGGGAGCUGAGCGGCCCCGUGAAGCAGCGCGAGUUCCCGCCGUGGUGCACCAACAAGGAGUACCUGGCGUACAACUCGCCGUCGGCCACCUUCCUAGGCGGCAUUGAGCAGCCCAAGACGGCGUCUGUCAUAGGGCUGUUCCGGCGGGACGGCUCCGUGGGGUCGCGGACGCCGUCGGAGACGUCCCUGCAGCGCCAGGCCAGCCAGGCCAGCCAGGGCAGCCAGGGCUCCGAGUCGCCGCCGUCCGGGCCCAUGUCCAUCCUGCUCAUCGAGGAGGGCGUCUCGGGCGACCCUCUGGGCGUGUCCACGUCCGUGGGCCGCCGGCCCCUGGCCGGCAGAAGAGGCAGCCUGCUGGAGCUCAGCGCGCUCAGCAGCUCCGUGGACCCCAUCCCGGAGGAAGACGCGCACUCGGGCUCGACGCAGGCGACGACGCCCUCGACGCCCGGGCCGACGCCGUCCCCCGCGACCACGGUGGCGGCGGGGUCGCCCGCCGAGACGACGCCGGCGGCGCAGCGACGCCGACCCGGCUCCAGCCUGAGCCAGAGCGGCCCGGCCGCCAGCACCAGCAGCGGCCGCCUGCGCCAGCAGACGCUGUCCUCGGGGUCGUCGGCGUCGUCCUUCGGCGAGGACCUGCCCAUGCACGUGCAGCUGGCUGAGAUGGAGGAGGACCUGGACACGGAGGACGACCUGGAGACGGCCAGCGAGGAGACGAGGCUCAGCACGGCCAGAAAGUAGACAGGACUGAUGUUGGCGGAGUCGACUUUUUCGACGGCGAGGAAGGAAGGGAUCGGUAAUUUUAAUGGGGGCCCUGAUUCCCAACCGAUUCGCAAUGCUCGCUUAUCAGCGAAGUGCGUCUUCCUUCCUCGCGUCCCCUGCACCGCUCCACGACGUCACAAGCAGAGCGAAGCAGAGCGAAGCAGAGCGAAGCAGAGCGCGCCGCCAAAAAAUGCCGUUCGCCUCGCUUCGAACCGCUUGCGUGGCGCGGCACGGCCAGCAGCCAGCCGUCGGCCAAAACGCGGUUUCGUCAUUCCCCUUUUUGGCUGGACGCGGCGUGGGACACUCCUGCUUGGGGCUUCUGUCACUUUCUGGGCGCAGAAAAUGAAUAAUGCGAAGAACGACCGGACGACCGUCAGUGACUCCAAGUGACCAGGAAGAAAGGAUAGUGCUGUGUAUAUCAUAUAAAACAUUUCUAGCGUGAUUUUUGUGCGUGUCCUCCUUUGUAUACUAGGAUGUGCAGUGAAACAGGGUUUUACAGAAAGCUAGGGCAUGCAGAGACUGAUUUGUGUGAAUGUUAGCGUGUCUGGUGGUGCGUGGUGGGGGCCUCUGCCGCCGGCCUGGCCCAUGGGGGGCGGGUUCGUGUCCGCCCUUCACUGUCCCUCAUGGACCAGACACGGCCGCAACGGGCACGGCGCACCUUAAGCUCCACCAUGGUGGCCCUUUUCAUGCAAGUUUAAACUUCCUGCAAUGCAAUUCAACCCCCUUAAAGGGACAGCGCCAAACCCAUGUCCCCGGGAAUCGGCUUACAAAUCUCAGUCUUGAUCGAUUAGCAGGAAAGUUUGCUGAAGAUGGCCACUCUGUUUUGGGGGCGCUGUGUCCACAGUGUGCGCAGGUCCUCACAAGUCAAAUAUUGUACAAAGCUAGUGAAACGGAUGUGCCUAUACCGGGCGGCGUGCUGCCGCCUCUUAGACAAGUAUAUUUUGUAGUACUGUUUCAAUGAUUCGCAGCCAAUGUAGUGCGAACAUCUGGCUGUGAUGUGUUGGCUAUUUGACUUUCCGCUGCGUUCGUUACUUAGACUGUUGAUGUGCUUAGCGCAAUGUGAUGGAGGGCAGGGCCUGCCGCGGCCUCUCGCAGGGCUUGCUGGCGGAGGGAGCGCUACUUUUAAAUCAAUUUCCUCUGGAGAGGGCCCGCCCCGGACAUGGCAACGCAGCCCCUCCCGCCCUCCCUGAGAGGCGUGAGCAGGACUGCCCGGAGUGAAAUGCCUAUGGCCGCGUCAAACAAGUACCACGUCCGACCGACGCGACGUCUUAUCAAUACUGUGAAGUGCGCCACGGGCCGAGAAGACUGUUAGUAGAGGAAGCCUUUGGGAGCUGACCUUUUUUCUACCACCGGUACUUAUCAGAAUAUUGCCAUCAUAGAGUGUAACAUUUUUCAAACGUAGAAUAGACUUGUAUUGUUCUCCUUCUAAUUUAUCUGAACGUUUCCAUGAGUUCUUCGGUCUAGGACAGUUGGGGAAAUCUAAUGUGAUGCCUUAAUGAGAUUAAGGAAUCAUGGAGGCAAGAUUGUUCGGAAAAUGGGGUUAACCCUGUACCUAAACGCUCAAACGACUUGCAUUUCCAAUUUCAACCUAAGUUGUUUUUCUCUACUACACUGCUGAAUCUUUACUAACCAUAAAUCUAGUGGUUAGUGGUAGGUGCAUGUAUGUUCUGCACAAGACACACGAAAAUAUUCAUUUGUCCCCAUGUCUGUACAUGGUCCACCUUAUUUAACUUACCGAUUGUACUCCUGUAGCCAGUAUGACCUCUUUUUGUCAAUUCUAUUCAGGAGGAAACCAGGUUGUGCGUUUUUCUGAUCUGCACAAAGCUUAAACGGUCAAUUAAAUACAGCUUCAAAAAUUUUUAAAACAGUUAGUGCCGGAUUCAUGCACAAACUAUAGGCAAUAGACAAAACCUUAGCUGUCCAAAAUUCGUUUCUGUUACAAGCAUGUUCUAACAGGACACUUAGCUCAUAAAUUCAUGCCAGGAGAAGACAACGGGAAGCGCACGUCCGUUCUAUACAUGUUUGAGAAGUGCUUUCCCACUUCAUUGCCAUUUUCUCGUCCUUAAAAAAGAGAUUCUCUGCUGUCUACGUAGCUGUAACAAUAAGUUCAGAACUAAUUAAUAGACUUUUAUAGAUCUAUAUUUAUUUUGUGAAAUGUUGACAUUUUUAAUAACAAUAGGUAGGCUAGUCUCUCCGUGAAUUUUGUUCUGCGUCAAUAGUCAAAAGUUUUAAUUGUAAUGCCAAUAUUUUUUUCAUCCGAGUGCGUGCAGCUCAGGUGCUAUUUAUUUGUUUAUUUAUUUAUUUAUUUAUUUAUUUAUUUUGUACUCAUCGUAAUUAAAACUAAACCUUGUCAAUGCCACUGGCGCGUUUGGGCGUCACCUGGUAAAUAUUUAGGUCUAGUCAAAUUAAAUCACGAGCGUUUACGACUCGUUGCUGUUGUUUUUAUCUAGACGAGGUCCAUCAGAAAGAUGUGUUUGGACACACGGACAAUACUUUCACCGCGAAGCUCAAAGGUCGUGGCACAGCUUCGUAACGGAGAUUGAGUACAAUGUUUAUCAUAAUUAAUGUUUUAAUUAUUUUUAUCUCAGGCAGGGCCUUGGGCUUGUAUAGCAUUACAAGUUAAUACGCUAUUUGUGUGUCAUAUUGUUGAUGUUGCUUCAUUUUGGAAUCACCCAUUGAAUUAUUACCCGCGCCGUGCUGUUGAUGAGUGGUCUAUUGUGUAGGAAUUUGUGUGUAUACUGAGCGACUGUGAACUGUGCAUCACUUUCGUCUGACGAUCGCUGUAAAUAUUGUUCUUGGCGAGAGCGCUGAUGAUUGCUGUUAUCGGAGUUAUUUGUCAAUUUCUAAGGGAUCCAUUUUGUGUAGAGCAGCAGCUGCGUCAGCACAGUUGUUAAGGCCGAACUGAUUUGUACAAAGCACACCAUGUGGCGCCACGGCCCUCUGAGGGGGCUGCACGCUCUGAGCCAGGAUUGCCUGGACGUAUUGUUUCAGUACUUUCAAAUAAAGUAUAUUUUUAAAAUAC